AUGUCGCCGUUGUCUACCGUAAUCCUCGCCCUGUUCAUGUUGUUGGUGGUGCAGUCGGGCAAGGCGGACGACAUGGACAGCUACUACUUCCGCCGCAACGCCAAGUGGAUCAGUCUGGCGCCGUCGGGCGGGUCGUUGGUGUCGGGACGCGGCAACUUCCGGCCCGGCUUCUACGGCCGCGGCGGUUCGGCCGCUUAUAUGGGGGACCCAGUACUGUUUAAGGUGGGUUGCUCGAAGAUCAAAAGCUAGUUCAAACAUUUUUUAAGGAUUACGACGCAAAAAUUUGAAAAAUAUUUGAAAUUCUCAUAGUUUUUGAAAAUCCAGAAAAUGGUCAGAUUUUACCCAUUUUGUAAAUCAGAAGACGUUCUUCGAAGUACAUAAGUAGUCCUUCAAUUUAUCUCGAAAAAUCGCGUCUUAGCAAACAGUUUCAUCCCCGUCCAUUCGGGAAUGUCAUUAAAACUUUUAUGGCAUUUGUUUUAGGCCCUCGGGGCGAAGAUGGCCUCGGUGCAUUCGAAAUAAUAUAAGGUUACUCAGCAUCAUGUAGUUGUGGCUGAUGUUAGGAACAAUAACUCGACUUCCUAAAAGCAGUUUGAGGCGUAAAGGAGGUUAUAGAAGGACACAACCCCCGAGGCCAUAUCUAAUCCCAACCUCUCCAUAUGGGGCUCGAAUGGCGCCAUAAAAGGAAAUGGUUAGACUUUGUACUGUUUAAGCGCCAAUUAGUUAAAACUCGAACAUUUUGGAACUUGAAGGUUAGUCGAAUAAGCCAAAAAUCCGACAAGGCGACAUUUUAUACGAAAAAAUCUGAAAAUCGAGCAAAUUAAAAAAAUGUUCAGAAAAUUCGUCGUCGAUUACAGAAUAGAGUGGAAUGGGUGACAAGAAGCUUAAUUUUUUUUGUCAUGUUUUUGCUUUGAUAAGUUUUCAAAAAAAUGGAGAAUUUACUUAAUGGUUACAGGCAUCAUUUUCGGAUUACGGAUUUUUUGAAGCUAAGAGGUAGUACACAGUCUGUUUUGAGCUCGCUCAUCAAGCAGGCAUGUAUUUAUUUGUUGCCUCUCAUAUUUGUAGCAAAAUUUGUGAAAUUUAUUGUUCUUCUUAUCUUUUAUAUUCUCCUUGAAAAUCAGCAAUAAAAAACAGCAUGAAUUGAAGUUCCAGACUACAGACACAUUUAUUGCUACUUGUACUUGUUUAGAAUGACAUCGCUAUCCAAUCAGCAUUUGUCUCUGGGCCAAUUGUUUUCCUCAAAAUUAAUCAGACCCUGUCAAAUUUAAUAGUUAGCCCAAUUCAUCAAUUCGACUUACAUCGCCUGCGGAGGCGGCCGAAGGCAAAAGAAGGAUAUUUUUACGGAAAUCGGAGACUUCUUAAGCAGUUGCGAAAACAACCGACCGCUGUUUGUAUACCUUACUGCUUUUGCAGAAGAUUGUAUAAAGCGGUGUAAAAUAGUUGAGAAGUAGUGCUAUAGUAAAUAAAAGUGGUCGAAAAGUUGUCUACUACAUCAGUCGUAUACCUUUUACAAAAAAAAAGAUCACAAAAAUUUGUAUUGGCCUUGAUGUCUAGUAUAAUAUAAUAAAUUCUUCAGCGAUCUCAACCAGCGGAUUUGGAGUAA